AUGAUCGAUAAAAGGUCGCCCUACCAGGAGGGAAGCCUCUGGUACUAUGCACCUAAUAAAGGUGCGCCGAUCGCUUUUGCAAUUCUUUUCACAUUAUCUGGCAUAAUGCAUGGUUAUCAGUGCUUCAAAUACAAAUCCUGGAAAGUAACAGGCCUACUACCUUGGUCUGCUUUACUCUUUACUGCAGGGUUCGUGAUGCGUACCAUUGGGGCAUUCGGGCAUUGGGACAAUCUGGGUGUUUUCAUUUCGAGCACCGUCUUCCUUUUAGCUGGCCCUCCUGUUUAUGAAGGGGCCAACUUCUUCACUUUGGGCCGUAUCCUGUACUAUAUCCCUUAUCAUUCUCCAAUGCAUCCUGGCCGGGUGUUCACCACAUUCAUUGCAAUGGGUAUUGUGAUCGAGAUUAUAACAGCAAAUGGAGCAUCAUUGGUUGCUAAUACGAGCAAUCCCCAAAAUACGCAGAAUACAGGCAAGGCUUUACUCAAAGCUGCCUUGAUCUUGCAACUCGCAUUGAUGGUGGGGUUUGUUGCUCUAGCUACCAAAUUUUACUACAACUGCCAUAGCGCUGGCGUUCUGAAUACCAAAGUAAAGAAGGCCCUUUAUGUGUUAUAUUGCAGUUGUGCACUCAUCACCAUACGCACUAUCUACCGAACUGUCGAGUAUUUCACAGCUGCAAGUCUGAACACCACCAACAUCGAUGAUAUGAGUCCCAUUCUUAAGGAUGAGUGGUUCUUCUGGGUAUUUGAGACAGUCAUUAUGUUUCUGAACACCACCCUCCUCAACGUCUUCCAUCCCAUGCGGUGGCUUCCACGGUCAAACCGAAUUUAUCUUGCAACGGACGGUGUGACUGAAGUGGAGGGACCCGGUUACGAGGAUCGUCGACCAUUCCUACUUACCCUGUUUGAUCCUUUCGAUAUAGUCGGUAUGGUCACAAAAACGGGAAAGAAGGAGAAGUUUUGGGAGGUUGACCACCAGCCAUCAACUAGCGUCUGA